UAAACCCGUUGGCUAAGUGUCGUAACUCGCCUAGCUGCAAGCCCAACCUGUCACACACACGAUAGCUUCAUUGAAAAAUCUAAUUUGCAAAACCCUGCUGCAGAUAAAAUAAUGGCGGACGAGGAGAAGUUACCUGCUGGAUGGGAGAAAAGAAUGAGUCGCAGUUCAGGCAAAGUAUACUACUUCAACCACAUCACCAAUGCCAGCCAGUGGGAACGUCCGGUGGGAGAUGGCCGUGGAGAGCCAGAGAAGGUACGCUGCUCUCACCUCCUGGUGAAGCACACUCAGUCACGUCGUCCAUCUUCUUGGCGAGAACAAAAUAUCACACGAACUAAAGACGAGGCCCUGGAGCUCAUUCAGAAGUAUAUAGAAGAGAUCAAGUCUGGAGAGGAAAAAUUCGAGUCCCUGGCUUCUCAGUUCAGCGACUGCAGCUCAGCUAAGAACGGUGGAGAUCUGGGACAAUUUGGCAAAGGUCAAAUGCAGAAGCCUUUUGAAGAUGCCUCCUUUGCUCUCAAAGUGGGCGACAUGAGCGGUCCUGUUUUUACUGAGUCUGGAGUCCACAUCAUCCUACGCACUGGUUGACAGGAAAAAAGCCACAAACUAAACUUUCCUCUCAUGUCUUCGCACACACAGUCCCACCAAACCAGACCUGAUUUGUUUUAAUGUCCCACACCACCCAAUAAACAAGGCUUAUGGGCUGAAUCGCGUUAGUUUAAUGGGAUCCUUUUGUUCCAAGCACUAUUGGACAUGUAUGAAUAAUUAAAUCACACUGAACAUCUAAGGAGUAUCGCAGAUCAUUCCUGUGAGACCUCAAAGCUUUUAUUAACCCUGGCAAUGCCAUUAUAUGAAAACAUGAGUGCCUGUGACUCUGUUGAAGUGAUUUGCUCCCGUGGAAACAGUUUCACACGAUGCGCGACGUUUGAGAAUGCGUCUGUAAAAGCUUGUUUUUGUAUGUGCAUGUCUUCAAAAAAAAAGGACCAUUUACCGUAUGUUUUCCUGUAACCGUUUCCAUUUCUACUGUAUGUGUGCCGAAACAGAUCCUCGAUCUUGUUUUGGAAAAUGAAUUCACAAGAUGUUUAAAAUACUUUUACAUAUAUACAUACAAUACAUUGCAAACCCCUGCAGCCCGAGUGAGUGCUGUUCUUCUUCAUUUAGCAUUGAUUUAAAGUUGUUAUCCUUUGCAGAUGUCCAGUAGGAAACAAUCAUUUGUUGUCAUGAUCCAUUUUGAAAAGUGCAUGUUUCCUCUCCUUUAGGAUAUGCAAAGAUAAAGAUGGCACAGUUGAAAUCUUCCAGGUUUUAACAAUCAGCUCUGCAGCUUUUAAAAGCAUCAAAGUUCAGAUGACCCGUUACACCGUCAUUAAUGGAGUUUUUCCUGCAUCAAUAAAGAUAUCUCUUUUUUUUG